GGAGGGGAUGAGGAGAUGGAGUGGCUGAGCCAGCGUUGCCCACUGCUGCCCGCUGGCCAGGGCUGCCCCCGGCCCAGCCGGGGCACCUUGCUGCUGGUGGUGACUCUGUCUUUGCUGAUGUACCCGGUGCUGAGGAGUCUCGCUCUUCAGCUGCACUCUGCUGUCACCGGCAGCUACGUCUCCGGGACCCACUCCAUUGCCUUCAUCAACUGUCUCAACGAGCAGAUUGCCAAGGAUAUUGCAAGGGCCAUCAUGGAUAAGAAGCUGGCUGCCUACGUCAACAUCCUGCCGAAGAGCUCAGCCUUGUAUUUCUGGAAAGGGGAACUGGAAGAAUCCACUGAAAUACUGCUGAUAGUGAAAACGAGAACAUCCAAAAUAGGUGAAUUGUCCAACUAUGUCAGAUCUAUCCAUCCCUUUGAAAUCCCUGAAAUCAUCAGCCUGCCUAUCGACCAAGGAAACCCGCUCUACCUCAAAUGGAUAGAGGAAAGCGUCCCACAGGACUAACUGAGAAGAGCAGAGAGCACCUUGCUUUCGGGGAGCGUUAUGCACACGCAGGGAGGCAGCUUAUGGCUUCACAGGUUUGCUGUAACACAGAAGCCUGGGAUUGGGAAUUCCCUUUGCACCCAAAGCAUCCCCUCCUCGGCCUGACCCUGUGCUCCAGGGAGCACCGAGCAGCCCGGAGGUGGUGGAGGCUGAAGCGGGGAAGGACAACGUGCACCAAGGGGUGUUCCAGAUGAGGAUACACAGAGAUGCUCACAUCAGGCCACUGCAGCAUUUGGGGGCUGUCUCAGGCCCCCCAGCAGCGAGUGCCAGCUGGUGGCCAUGACCUGACAGCCCCCAGCAACCCCUCCACUGCCAUCUGUCCCCACAGACAGCACCUGAAACCCUGCCUGGCCCCCCUGCUCCCCCGCAGCGGCUGUCACAGCAUCCUGCCCCGCUCUGCUCCUGCUUCCCCAGCCCGGAGGCAGCAGGAUGUGGCCGGGCACCCCACGAUGCAUCGCCUCACACCCCCUCCUGCUGUCAUGCUGCUGAUUCAAGUCUUAAAAAAAUCCAAGGAAACGGGAAACUCGAACAGGCACUACAAGCCUUUAUCAGGAGCCACGAGCAGCGCACGCACUGACCCUGCCCAGUCUGCAGAGCUGGGACGAGCUGGGCUGAACUGGGCAACAUCCACUGCCAGUUGAGGGAAAUCAAAGUGCCAGCAGGACCAGGGCAUCACCCCAGCCCCGCACCCCCUGCCCACACCUGAACGGUGGCUUUCUACCUGGACCAAGUUUAACCUUGUAAGAAGAUGCUCAUGUUAAUAGUUUAACGGGAUAUAACUUAUGGAACAAUAUUGAGUUAUUUAUGUGACUGGGAAGGGAAUAAACAGAAUUUCUUACCUGGGCAGGCUCAGGUGUUGUUGCAGUUUGCAGGCGCAGUGUCCGCAGUGAGCUGGGCAGGAGGAAGGGUCCGUCUUGGCCCUUUCAAGCUCCGAGAGCAGGAAAGAGGCACCCCCUCUCCACAAAACCCAUCGUGUCCCUGUCCCCGGGGCUGUGCCCACACUGGCCCCUUCCCAUCCCUCUCUUCUUCUUGUGCUGGGGGGCAGCAUCUCUUCAGCCAAGGACUGUGACCCAACACCUGCCUGGGAGCACACACUGACCCCCAGUGCCCAAACUCAAUCAUCCUGA